UACUCCACCAGAUACUCCAAUCGCGAUUUAGCGUUUUCCAAUUGGAGUCAUCUCGAGCUGCUCGAUUUAGGGUUUUUGCAGAGAUGAGUGCUCAGAAGAAGAGAAACUUCCAGAUUGAAGCGUUCAAGCAUCGGGUCGUGGUUGAUCCCAAAUACGCAGAGAAGACGUGGACAAUCCUGGAGCAUGCGAUCAAGGAAAUCUAUAAUCACAAUGCCAGCGGGCUCAGUUUUGAAGAGCUUUAUAGGAACGCUUACAAUAUGGUGCUGCACAAAUUCGGGGAGAAACUGUACUCUGGUCUGGUGAGGACCAUGACUUAUCAUCUGAUGGAAAUAUCCAAAUCGAUUGAAGCUGCUCAGGGAGAGCUGUUCUUGGAAGAGCUGAACAGAAAAUGGGCAGAGCAUAACAAGGCGUUGCAGAUGAUUCGUGAUAUAUUGAUGUACAUGGACAGAACAUUUAUUCCAAGCACCCACAAAACCCCCGUUCACGAGCUUGGUCUGAACCUUUGGAGGGAUGUUGUCAUUCACUCUAGCAAAACCCAGUCUAGGCUUUUGGACACGCUUCUUGAGCUAGUGCUUCGAGAAAGAAAUGGUGAUGUAAUCAACAGAGGCUUGAUGAGGAACAUUAUAAAAAUGCUAAUGGAGUUAGGUUCUUAUGUUUACCAAGAAGACUUUGAGAAGCAUUUUCUCGAGGUUUCAGCUGAUUUCUAUCGCUGUGAGUCUCAAGAGUUCAUCGAGUCAUGUGAUUGUGGAAACUAUUUAAAGAAGGCUGAAAGGCGCCUAGAUGAGGAGAUGGAGAGAGUGUCCCAUUACUUGGAUGCUAAAAGUGAAGCUAAGAUUACCAGUGUGGUGGAAAAGGAGAUGAUUGAAAGUCACAUGAACAGAUUAGUUCAUAUGGAGAGCUCAGGUUUAGUUAAUAUGCUUGUAGAUGACAAAUAUGAAGACUUGGGGAGAAUGUAUAACUUGUUUCGCAGAGUGCAGAAUGGACUUGUAAUUGUAAGAGAUGUCAUGACUUCUUACAUCAGAGAUACUGGAAAGCAUCUAGUUACUGAUCCAGAAAGGUUGAGGGAUCCUGUAGACUUUGUGCAGCGCCUCCUUGAUAUGAAGGAUAAGUAUGACAAAGUUAUCAGUUUGGCAUUUAACAAUGACAAGACAUUCCAGAAUGCUUUAAACUCUUCUUUUGAAUACUUCAUUAAUUUGAAUGCCCGGUCCCCCGAGUUUAUUUCUCUCUUUGUGGAUGACAAGCUUCGGAAAGGUUUAAGAGGGGUUAGUGAGGAGGAUGUAGAGGUUGUCCUCGACAAGGUCAUGAUGCUUUUCCGUUACCUCCAGGAGAAAGAUGUGUUUGAAAAGUACUACAAGCAACACUUGGCAAAGAGGCUUCUUUCUGGCAAAACUGUUUCUGAUGAUGCAGAAAGAAGUCUGAUUGUAAAGCUCAAAACCGAGUGUGGAUAUCAGUUUACCUCCAAGUUGGAGGGUAUGUUCACUGAUAUGAAGACCUCUCAGGAUACAAUGCAUGGGUUCUACACAGCAGUUGGUCCUCAGUUAGGUGAUAGCCCAACACUAACUGUCCAGGUCCUUACCACAGGUUCAUGGCCCACUCAGCCUAGUGUAACAUGCAACCUUCCAGCUGAAAUUAUGUGGGUAUGUGAGAAGUUCAAGAGUUAUUAUCUUGGGACCCAUACUGGGCGGAGAUUGUCCUGGCAAACUAAUAUGGGAACAGCUGAUUUGAAAACAACUUUCGGAAAGGGCCAGAAGCAUGAGCUGAAUGUUUCGACGUAUCAGAUGUGUGUGCUGAUGCUAUUCAACAAUGCUGACCGGUUGACGUAUAAGGAAAUCGAGCAGGCUACAGAGAUCCCAGCCACUGACUUGAAGAGGUGCCUGCAGUCCCUUGCCUGUGUUAAGGGGAAGAAUGUACUUCGGAAGGAGCCAAUGAGCAAGGACAUAGUUGAGGAUGAUACCUUCUUCUUCAAUGACAAGUUCACGAGCAAGUUCUUUAAAGUAAAGAUAGGUACCGUGGUUGCUCAAAGGGAGUCUGAACCAGAAAACCUAGAAACCCGGCAGAGAGUGGAGGAAGAUAGAAAGCCCCAGAUUGAGGCAGCAAUCGUGAGGAUCAUGAAGUCAAGGCGUGUACUGGAUCACAAUAAUAUAGUUGCUGAGGUCACAAAGCAGCUGCAGGCGCGAUUCUUGCCCAACCCUGUAGUAAUAAAGAAGCGUAUCGAGUCCCUCAUCGAGCGGGAGUUUUUGGAGAGGGAUAAAACAGAUAGAAAAUUGUACAGGUACCUUGCUUGAAGAAGCACUAUAUGGUUGGUUUAUUUUGUUAUGGUUUCUGGCAAAAGCCUGUAUAAUUUAUCCUACAUUUGGCUAGUUCGAAUAUUGUUCUUGGAUUAUUAGGGACUCUGGGCG